GUGUGUGUUGGAGUGGACGCACGUCGCGAUUUUUUGCGUCUCAACAGUUUUACAAUGAGUGAAAUCGAUACAGACAAACUUAUUAGGGCCGUUAAAGUUCGACCGGGGCUGUACAACAAGAAUGACACAAUGUACUACAGCCAUAAGAAGUAUAAAGCGAAAAUUUGGACAGACGUUUGUAGGGAUGUGUACUCGAAUUGGGACCAUCUGAGGCCACAGGAUAAGGUCGAAUAUGCGCACGAACUGCAAAAACGAUGGAAGAGUCUACGCACCUGUUUCACUAGAGAACUAGCUUUACAGAAGAAAGAGAAAAUCAAAAGAAACUCCAACGAGGGACCGUUUAAAAGAAGAAAGAGAUACGAAUAUUUCAACCAGCUAACAUUUCUACUUAAUCCGGAUGCAGUUGAUGAAGAAGUAAAUGAAGAGUCUGAUGACGAAGAUUCGGAUCCUCUAGAGAGUCAGAUCAAAGCGGAAAACUUUGAAUAUCACGAUCCUGGUGAUACAAAAAACAAUGUAGACAACAAUGAUAGUAUACCUCUUCAGCAAUCUCUGUAUGAAAGAAACAGCACCGUGGAAGAAAAGAUAUUAGAUAUGCUAAGAGAGAUAAAGAAAGAUGAAACUGACGAGGAUAAACAGUUCAUGCUCUCUCUAGUGUCCAGUUUUAAGAAGUUGAAUGAUAAACAAAAGUUUGAAGCUAGAAUUGAAAUGCUUAGAGUAUUAAGGAAUAUUAGUUUUCAAGAAGAGUGAUGUUUUUCCUACAAUUAAUUGGUAAAGACGUUAUAUUGCAGUAUCGGGGAAAAGUAUUUUGUUACAGCCUUCAAGCAACUUGUGUUGGUGAAAGUGGUUCAGUAAAAUUACACUACCUGGACUUUAGCUUAGUACACCAUUUAGGUAUAAUUCUGAAGCGUUUUGUUUAGAAUUUUCCUUCUCUUUUAAUUUGCUUUAUUUUUCCUUAUACUGGCUUAAUACCUAUAAUAAGUUUUUUAAUGUCGGAACCGCUGGACCUUCACUAGGCUUCAUAAUACAACUAUCUUAGAAGUUUUCAACCGGGAGAACAUGAUUGACGAAAUAAGUCUCUGGCUCGAGGACUAUAUGCUCAGUUAAUUGUAAAUAUAUUUUAUAUUGUUAUUUUACUGUAAUAUUACAUUAUUAUUUAAUAUGCUUGUUUUCUAUAUUCUUAAUUGCAAUCGCACGUGAAAAUGAGGAAUAA